UUCCGCUUCCCGCACGCAUCGUUUUCGUUGUUCUCCCCACACGCGGCAUCGCAGGCAGGCAUCGAAGGUCCUGGAUGUGACGGCGGCCGCGACCGCUGCUAGGGUGGAUGCGACGGCGGCCGCGGUGGUGGAUGCGACGGCGGCUGCUGCAGGGUGGAUGCGACGGUGGCCGGUGGCCGCGGCAGGAUCGAUGCGACGACGGCUGCGACAGGAUCGAUGCGACGAUAGCCGCGGUAGGAUCGAUGCGACGGCAGCCGCGGUGGGAUCGAUGCGACGAUGGGAUGGCGCUAUCAUGGAUGCAACGGCGGCACGACGACGCCUUGGAUGCGAACCACCCCGACGGCAUCGGGUUGUAGCUUCCGUACGGCGGCGGCAGACAGUUGUGUGCGGCGGGGAUGGCAGAGUGUAGUACACGGGCGGCGGCGGCGGCCGGUAGUAGUCUAGAGUUGGCAUGUCCGGCGGCGGCGAGCUGGCGUACGUGCGCAUCGUGCAGCCGUGAACUCCUUGUGGUCAUGGACGAUGAGCCGCGAACUCCUUGUCGUCGUGGACGGCGACGGCGCAACGGAGGCAUCCCUGGGCACGAGCUCGUUGUGGGUGGUGCUGACCCCAUUACCCUCGUGUCAUUUUUCCUUGAUAGAUUUUUUAGUCCGAUCAUACCCCUCUGAACCAAUGGUUAGAUUAGAUUGGUACCUCAUGUACCUCGUACCUCAUGGUACCUCCUCAAGGAUGGGAAAAAUACUCUUUAUUAAAUCUGUAGGAUUUUGUGAAAUUUACGAUAUAAAAACACACUUGGAAGUUGAAGUGAUUCUGACUUGGGGUGUGUGUGUAUGGUACUAGUAAUAGUACUAGUACUACACUCUGUAGGCUCAAGUUUCAGCUGGACAUUUGGCUCCGAGUCCAGACUCCAGAGUUGUCUUCAUCGCUCCUUGCAACCUCGUGGUAAAGUGUUCGUUGGUUCCAUCGUUUCUCAUCUGCAAUUAGCCCUUCUUCAAGUUUCUUUCUCCUAUCCACCUCGCUUGAAUAUGUUUAGUAACUCUAAACUAGUACACCGAUUAGUAGCAGCAUUUGUAUUGGUUCUUGUUUCUUAGAAUGAAACUCCAAUGAUCUACUGACCUGUAACUCCAUAAAGAUUCUUUUGUUGAGAGAAUCGAAGGAGAUUGUUUUGUUUUCUACUGAAUGGGCAUCUGAUUUAGGCUGUGAAUCUCAGUUGACAUGGCUGGAAGUGGUUCAUGUAUGAAGAAAUCAUGCGUUUGUUGCCAAAAAUAUUUGGAGCAUUUGGAUGGAAAGAUGAACUGUUUCGUCAGGCGAAUGACGGCCGAUUCUAGACGUAGCAUGAUCAUGCCAUGUAAAUUUGUGAACCAUUUUGGAGGAGAUUUCUCAGGGACCAUAAAACUGCAAUCCCCUAAUGGUAUUCUGUAUGUUGUUGAAGUCACUAAGUGCAAGAAUAAGACAGUCCUCAGAUGUGGUUGGGAGGCAUUUGUUGAUGCCCAUCACAUAGAAGAGAAUGACUCCUUGUUGUUCCGUUGCGUCGAGAAUUCUCGUUUUGAGGUUCUGAUCUUUGAUUCCGAUGAUUGUGAGAAAGUAUUUUCCUGUGCUGGCAUAAGAAACACUUGUAAAAGUAUUCAAGAAAAAAGUAGCAGCUCUUGUGAUGAUACUGCAGAAUCAUCAGAGAGUGAAGGAUUUGCUAGAAAUCAAAAGGGAAGCUUCAGCCAUCGUCGAAAGACAGCAAACUUGGCAUCUUCUUCUGAGGAUUCAGGAGAGGACAGUCCCUCUGAACAUGAAUCUGUUGAGUCAGGUGAUCUUGAGACGUCUCAAGAACCUUAUGUAUUAUCUCGCAGGAGUUAUCUAUCUGAAUUCCAAAAGGAGAAAGUAGAUGCACUUAUCCAGGAGAUUCAGCCUGAAACUACCGCGUUUGUAGCUAUCAUGAGAAAGUCCAAUGUUCAAUUGCCAACUCCUUUUUUGGUCAUUUCCUUUUGCUAUGCUGAAGUACACUUUCCACAUAAAAGCGUAACCGUGACACUUCAGAGGCCAUGCAAAAGCAAGAAGUGGCAUCCCAGAUUCUACAAGAGAAAAGACGCGAGGAUGAACAUUCUCAGGGGAUCUUGGGUAGAGUUUGUCAAAGACAAUCGUGUGCAGGAACAGGACAUCUGUGUCUUUGUACCAACUAAGGAUGCAAGAAGAAAUUUCACGUUUACGGUUCAUCUGCUUCGCGUAGCGGCAGCUUAUUCCUGGGGUGGAACUGGUGUUGAUAGAGCCGGCUCAAGCCUUGGAAGAACAGAUGUGAAGUCAGCUUCAGAGAUCAGUAUCAAGGAGGAACCAAUUGAUCAAGAAGAAAAUGUUUCCUCGAGAAACAGGAAUGGAGUUUCUGACGAAUCUGAGGAGGAUGAGGAUUCUGAAGGCCCUGCUCAUCCUCCCUACAUUGUACCAUGCAAGAGCCACCUGUCUCGGUUGCAAAAGAAGAUAGUUGAAGAGAAAGUGCGAUCCUUCCAAUCCAAAUUUCCCGUUUAUGUAGCAAUCAUGAAGAAGAGCAAUGUUGAGCGAAGUGCUUCCCGUUGCCAGCUAGAGCUAGGCGCGCGAUUCGCCGCUGCUGUUCAUCUUCCAGACAGGAGGCAGACCGUGGUGCUGCAGCGGAGGGGGGAGAGAUGGGCCACCGUGAUGCAGAUCAGGAGCGGAACCAGGCGGCUCCUGAUCAGCGGCUGGCACAGGUUCGUGCGCGACAACCGCCUGCGCGUCGGGGACAUCUGCCUGUUUGAGUUCAAGACGCACGAGAGGUGGCGGCUCACCAUGGCUGUCCAUGCCAUCUUCAGGGAGCAGUGCUGUUAGCUUUGUUCUGCUCUGCUGUCUGCUGCUGCUGCUUUGCGGUUUCAGAUUUCAGGUGGUGGCGUUUUGAAGCAGUUGCACUGCAUAAUAUGUAAUGUGUAGUAAGAGCAGGUACAAUAAGCUAUUCUGACCGGCGAUAAUGCAUCCAUGGUAGACACCAAACAUCACGACAGCUCUCGCGUCGCUCUCCCCAGGGGCGGCUCGGGAGGCGACGACCCGGCCGCCCCUCUCCCCCACCCCUACCCCCUUCUCCGAUCCGCCUCGCCGUCGCCCGAGCGGCCGCCGGCGAAGCCGCGCAGCCACAAGGACGGCGGCGGUGGGGUGCUCCUCGUCUCCUCGCGCUCGGGCGGCCUGGGGAGCCGCCCGGAGUGGCGACGGCGGUGUCCGCCAGAUCCGCGCCGUUUCGGCCGGAUCUGGCGGGAUGGGCUGGCGGCGGGGACGGGCGACGGUGGCGGUCGAGGUGAGUUGCGCCGGGUGGUGUUGUGGGUGAUGGCGGCGGGGAUGGCGACGGCGUUGGGGUGGCGAUGGUGGAGGCCGCGGAUUCGGCGGUGGCGCACCCGGAUCCGGCGACAACGCGGCGGCCAGCGCUGGCCAGAGCACGCAGGCACCCCGCGGCUGCCACUGGCGUCCUCCGGCGCCCCUCUAGACAUCGGCCGGCGUUGGUGGAGAGGAAGACGGCCGGAUCUGGCUCCUUGCCCAGAUCCGGCGCGUCCUCGGGUGGGAACGGGUUGGUUGGAGUCCGGUCGUUGUGCAGGUGGUGAAUAUCGAAGGUAUCCUCGGUGUGUAGGUGACAUUUAGUGGCUCCCGUCGUGGAUGCUAUGGUUGAUGGGUGCUCCAAGGCGAAAGUCUUGCUCCGCUCUCGGUGCUAGCAACGGCGACGCCCUUGGGCACCGUUCACCUUCUUGAAGGCGUUGCUACUGGAGCCCUCGUUCAACUCCACUUCAAGAGUUUUCUCUGGUGAAAACCUAAAUUUGUUAGGAUCGGACGAUGUAGCCGUUCUGUCGGCGUAACCUUCUUGAAGGCUUCGUUUUAGGAGUUUAUCUCUUGUUAGACGGCUGUACUUAGGUUCAGUUUGUCAAUGUCGGGGUUUUUGCCGGUUUUCCUUUAAUUAACCGUGCUGUUGUAAGGUUUUUGGGUCCGGUUUCCCUUGUAAACUGGAUCAACUUUCUUCUUCUAUAGUGAAUUGCAGGAGCUCCCUGCCUGUCCCCUCGAAAAAAUAAUGCAUCCACGGUGGAUUUCUUUGGUGA